GUUCUUCUUCUGUGUUUGGUUGGUUGGCUUUAUUUGAGAACAAUGCCACACAGCGGCCACAAAGGGAACGGCACGGUCGGUGUACUUCGGCUUUGGGAAGUGAGACCCAUCCAAUAUGGCGGUGACGCUUUUACGUCCUCAAAUGGCAGUAUGGCCAAGCAGUGGUCGGAGGGCCAUUCCGCCUCCAUCCUUUGCGUCAGUGCGUCUUCAGGCCCAGAGGGUCUCCUUGCUUCAGGUGCUGAGGGUGGAGAGGUGACCAUUUGGGGUCAAGAUGGUGGCAUCAUUGGCCGUCUUACUCUUCCUGGAGAAGAGGAUAUCACCAGCGUGAUGUUCUCACCUGCAGGCCCAACCCAGCUGUUUGUGUCACAUGGGGACACGGUGAGCGUGCUGGACCCCAAGAACCUGAAAGGACCUGUGGAGGAUUUUCAGGGAGCAGGCGAGGAGGAGAUUAAUGCUUUAGCACUGAAUGAAACCAGUUCUGCCUUGGCAGUGGCUGAUGACUCUGGGACGGUGCGCGUUCUGGAGGUUCCUGGUGGGAAAGUGUGCAGGACUCUACGUAGACACACAAACAUCUGCUCCUCAGUGGCCUUCCGUCCUCACAGACCCAACAACCUUGUGUCUGUUGGGCUGGACAUGCAGGUGAUGCUGUGGGGUCUGCAGAAGACUCGCCCUCUUUGGACCAUCAACCUCCAGGAUGUGGCCGAAGAAGACGGCCACCAGCAGCGUCCGGGCCAGCUGUUUAACCCACCACUGGCCCACUGUGUUUCUGUGUCCAGCUGCGGAAACAUGUUGGGUUGCGCAGCCGAGGACGGCCGGGUGCAUCUGAUGCGGAUCGGCAGUGGCUCUAAAUUAGAACAACACGGGGCGAUCAAGGCACACAGUCAGGGAGCUUCACAAGCUCAUUUUGUUAGUUUCCUUUCCCACCCUUACUGGCUGGUCACAGGAGGAAACGACAGCCACGUGGCCCUGUGGGACCUCAGUAAGCACCCGGUUGUGUCUCCAGAGGGAAAAACUCCAACAACAGCUCCUCAGCGGAGGAAAGGCAAGGUCAAGAGAAAGGACCAGACUCUGGAUAAAUCAAAGCUGAAAGAAGAGGCCAAGGUGGAAGAUGAAGCAUCUGCAAAUGAGGAAGAGGAGUCUGGACCCAAACUGAGCAUUAGUCAUGGGGACAAAGUGAACUGGUUGUGUCCUGUGGUUCUGAAAGGAGAACCAAAUGUGAUAGUGGCAGAUCAGAGUGCUAAUCUAACGGUCUAUCCGCUGUCUCAGCCAUAGAUUUAUGUCUUCUUCUGUUGACUUGUUGGAUUAUUUUAACACUCGGGACGUCUGAGCAAACAGAACACCACAGAUCAACAGCAGACAAGAAUCACAUAAAUGUGAUGUGAAUGAAACAUCAGUCCUUAACAUAAAAACACGCUGUGUGGUAUUUUAAACAUGUCAUCUCGUAAAAUAAACCAUUUGUCUCACACUAAUUACAUUUAAAACAACCACAUCUGACUGGAGAAACAUGUUUUUAAUGUUUAACUGAAGUUUGCAGCUCUUUUUAUAGAGUGACAAAACUUCUGAAUCCACACCAGAUGUCAGAAAACAAAAGCUCAAAGAAAGCUGCUCUAGAAGAUAUUUGAACACAGCUAUUCUAACAAAAAACCCACAUCUGUCUUGAGGGAGACACGUUGCUUAAAACAUACACAACUUGGUUGAAACGUAAACGCUUGAGGAGAAAACGUAUUUUUUGUGCUUAAAUGUUAAUCAACCUGUCUCAUCUGUUUUUUUUUUUAUUUAAUAAAGAAGUUUGAUUCAAACUUAA